UUUCAACCUUAUUUUUUAUUACUUUGUGUUUGAAUCUUAAUUUCUUUACAUAGAUACAUCUAGUUGGUUGUAUAGUAUAAAAUAAAUCAAAAAAUAUACAUCUAGUUGGUUGUUUGAUCAAGUUUUGCUUUUCAUGUUCAAGAAGAUCAAAUGGAAGAGCUUAGCAACUUGAUCAAAGUAUGGCUCACAGCUUUCAUCUCUCUUUGUUACUGCUACACAAUCGGUAAAGUUGUAUCCAAAGGUCCUCCGAGAUUGGUUUUGCUACUCCCAAUAGUAUGUCUCUUUCUCUAUCUUCCUCUCAAGCUUUCUUCUGUGACUUUCAUUGGUUUUACUGCAUUUUUCAUUGCUUGGCUUGCAAACUUCAAGCUCUUACUUUUCGCUUUUGGUAAAGGCCCUUUGGCAUCUGAUCACUCACCAUCCAUCUCUCUUGGGCUUUUUGUGGCCGUUGCUUGCCUUCCUAUCAAGAUUCAACAGCACCAACCUCCAUUGAAAAAAUCAGAAGAACCCCACUACAGAGAAAGCCGAUCACUGUCGAAAUCUUAUGGAACUGACCAAAACAAGGAAAACCCAUCUGUCAAAACGCCUGAUAAAGGUCGAGUGUCUCUUCUAAAUUAUGCCAUAAAAGCACUGUUAUUGGCUUUGGUUGUAAAGGCCUAUGACUACAUUGACUUCAUCCAUCCAAAGGUCUUGUUCUUUCUUUAUUGCUUUUACAUAUACUUCUUCCUUGAGCUGAUCCUAGCUGUAAUGGCUGCCCUGGCUCGAGCUUUGUUGGGACUUGAGCUCGAGCCACAAUUCAACGAGCCAUACCUUUCCUCCUCAUUGCAAGACUUUUGGGGUAAGAGAUGGAACCUUAUGGUCACCAGCAUCCUACGCCCCAGUGUGUACGAGCCAACUCUCAACAUCUUCAAAAACUCCCUUGGCCGAAAGUGGGCAUCGAUCCCAGCUGUUAUGGCAACCUUCAUGGUGUCUGCUAUCAUGCAUGAGCUAGUGUUUUACUACUUAGGCCGGCUGAUGCCGACUUGGAAGAUCACCGGGUUCUUUGUCCUCCAUGGACUCUGUUUGACGAUUGAGAUUGUUCUGAAGAAGGCUGUGGCAGGGAGGUGGCGGCUGCCGAGGCUAAUCUCAGGGGCAUUAACAGUUGUAUUCGUUUUCAGUACCUGUUUUUGGCUGUUUAUUCCCCAGCUCCUUCGGUUUCAUGCCGAUGUUAAAAUGUUUGAAGAGUGUGCAGCAGUGAGUGCCUUCUUGAGGAAUAUCUUCCAAUCAUUUACUCAUUGAAUCUUUCUAACACAUCUCAACCUGUUAUCAGGAAGCCAUAGAGGUUCUUUCUUGAGUUUCUGUUUCACUUUUGCAUCAGUGGCAUCUGUUGAUCAAACUAGAGCGAUCUUAUUAACCAUUGUUAUACAUACACAAUCAAUACAAACAUCAGGGUGUUCAAAUACAUUAGUUAUGGAAGUACAGUUUAGUGUCGACCUAUGCAUGCACACACACGUAGGCAGUUGUUUUUCCUAUUUAAAGCCUCUUGUCCCCUUCAUUUCGUAUGACUUGCUUAUAUUUUCAUAAAGAUAACUACCAUUGUACAUGUUUUGAGAGAUCAAUGUUCUUAGUUUUCUUUGUGAGAUAGAGAGUAGUAUUGGUAUGGGUUUGUACAAGAGAGUUUGAGAGGUUCUUUGUAGUUUGUAUUUCUGUAAUCAUCUUCUUCAUAGUGGAAAAUAAUUCUUGGGAGAACUGACCA